ACACACGCUACAUCAACACAAUCCUUCCUGUCUACAAUGACUGCUGUAUAGUCUCCAUGGUAACCCAGCUCCCCCCUGCUUCCCAGAGUGCUUCGCGGUCCAGGAAGCAGCCAGCGUCGUCCAGUGGGGAGCAGCUGGUUGUAGAGAUGGACGAGGAUGAGCUGGAGGUGGUGGAGGAGUUGGAGGCCGUGUUACACCUGUCCCCAGAGGUGCAGCAAGCCAUAGAGCAGGUUUUUCCGAGUCAGGACCCUCUGGAUCGUGCAGAUUUCAAUGCUGUUGAAUAUAUCAAUACUCUGUUUCCAACUGAACAGUCCCUGUCCAAUAUUGACGACGUAGUGAGCAAAAUUCGGUUGAAAAUAAGGCGUUUGGAUGAAAAUAUUCGAACAGUGGUUCGAGGUCAAACCAACGUAGGACAAGAUGGACGACAGGCUCUGGAAGAAGCCCAGAAAGCCAUACAGCAACUCUUUAGCAAGAUCAAAGACAUCAAGGAUAAAGCCGAAAAAUCAGAACAAAUGGUGAAAGAAAUCACUAGGGAUAUCAAGCAACUGGACCAUGCCAAGCGUCAUUUGACUACCUCAAUAACAACGCUAAACCACCUGCACAUGUUGGCUGGAGGAGUUGAUUCAUUAGAGGCAAUGACAAGAAAAAGACAGUACGGAGAAGUUGCCAAUCUUCUCCAAGGAGUGGUGAAUGUACUGGAGCAUUUUCAGAAGUAUAUGGGUAUUCCACAGAUUCGUCAGCUCUCCGAAAGAGUUAGAGCUGCCCAAACUGAAUUAGGUCAACAGAUUCUGGCUGACUUUGAAGAGGCAUUUCCUUCACAGGGCACAAAGAGGGCUGGUGGACCCAGUAACGUACUGCGAGAUGCCUGCUUGGUAGCCAAUGUUCUGGAUUCUAGGAUUAAACAGGAAAUCAUCAAGAAAUUUAUCCGACAGCAUCUCUCUGAAUAUCUUGUACUCUUCCAGGAAAACCAAGAUGUUGCAUGGCUUGAUAAAAUUGACAGACGUUAUGCAUGGAUAAAACGACAACUAGUGGACUAUGAAGAAAAGUAUGGUCGCAUGUUCCCAGUGGAUUGGUGCAUGACUGAACGCAUUGCUGUUGAGUUUUGUCAUAUCACAAGGAAUGAUCUGGCUAAAAUCAUGAGGACUAGAGCCAAAGAGAUUGAGGUGAAGCUGCUGCUGUUUGCAAUUCAGAGAACAACGAACUUUGAAGGCCUUCUUGCUAAACGUUUUUCUGGUUGCACCUUAAGUGGUGAUGUCAUGAAAAAGCCAGAACCAGCACCACCAGUCUCUACCAAUCCUUUCUUAGAUGAUGACGGUAUGACAGACGAGUCUUCUCUUGACAGAGAAGGGGACCUGGAUAAGCCAAAGAAACCAAAAGUACCCGAGAACCCAUUCCAUGGAAUCAUUUCGAAAUGUUUUGAGCCUCAUCUUUAUGUAUAUAUAGAGUCGCAAGACAAAAACCUGGGUGAAUUAAUUAACCGUUUUGUUGGAGAUUUUAAGGCUCAGGGUCCUCCUAAGUCCACGUCAGAGGAUGCUGGAUCUGUUCUGCCAAGCUGUGCUGACCUCUUUGUUUACUAUAAAAAGUGCAUGGUGCAGUGCUCCCAGCUCAGCACCGGGGAGCCCAUGAUUGCUCUAAGCACAAUAUUCCAAAAGUACCUGCGGGAAUAUGCCUGGAAAAUUCUGUCUGGUAACUUGCCCAAAACCACCAGCAGUAGUGGUGGACUCAAUAUCUCAAGUCUUCUGAAAGAAAAAGAAGGAUCAGAAGUUGCUAAAUUUACCACUGAGGAACUGUGCCUAAUCUGCAGUAUUCUGAGUACUGCGGAGUACUGCCUAGCAACAACACAGCAACUUGAAGAGAAGUUGAAAGAAAAAGUAGAUAUAACAUUGACUGAUAGAAUUAAUCUAAUGGGAGAGAUGGAUACCUUCAGCACGGUUAUAUCAAAUAGCAUUCAGCUCCUUGUGCAAGAUCUGGAUUCAGCUUGUGAUCCUGCACUCAGUGCGAUGAGCAAGAUGCAAUGGCAGAAUGUUGAACAUGUUGGGGAUCAAAGUCCUUAUGUUACCUCCAUUAUCCUUCACGUCAAGCAAAAUGUUCCUAUUGUCCGAGAUAAUCUUGCAUCCACUAGAAAAUACUUCACGCAGUUCUGCAUUAAGUUUGCAAACUCCUUUAUUCCAAAGUUUAUCAACCACCUUUUUAAAUGUAAGCCCACAAGCAUGGUUGGAGCAGAACAGCUACUCUUAGAUACCCAUUCCUUGAAAACAGUUUUGUUGGACCUGCCAUCGAUUGGAUCCCAAGUAGUUCGAAAAGCCCCAGCCAGCUACACAAAGAUUGUGGUAAAAGGCAUGACACGGGCAGAAAUGAUAUUAAAGGUAGUGAUGGCUCCACAUGAACCGUCUGUUGUGUUUGUGGAUAAUUACAUCAAGUUGUUGGCUGAUUGCAACACAGAAAUAUUACAGAAGAUUCUGGAAAUGAAGGGACUAAAGAGGAGCGAGCAAAAUGCCAUGUUGGAGCUAUUUCGGCAGAGACUUCCAACACCACCAUCUGGAGCUGAUAGCAGCUCUGUCGCUCUACAGACCCCAACUCCAGAGCAAGAGUCAUCCAGGAUACGCAAGUUGGAGAAGCUCAUCAAGAAACGACUCUAAACAAAAUUGCUUCCUCUGUGAUUUACAGAUGUCUGUGGGAAGUGUUACAAGUAAUUGCGCUGUAAACAUUUUCACAGCCACCCUAUUACACUGUCACAUCUCUUUUCAAUGAAUAAUGUUAAGUGUCAACAAUGUAGGAAUCCAGCCAGCUCAAGCAUAUUGGGUCUGACUGACUGGUAUGAGGUUGUCUCUGUCUAGACAGCACAUAUCAAGAUCAGCCAUUCCCUCAAGCAUGUAAAAAGCAUUGCGUGGGAGUAUGUGGUCACACACAAUUAUUCUUCCUAAUUUUUCUCUUUGGUCUUGCUUUGGGCUUUUGUAUGCAGGCACAUAGCUGUGAGUCCUGUCUAUUUACAGAGACAACUUCUGGUGGAUAACUUAAUUCUUCUACACAUUGCCAGCUUUGCAGGGUUUUACUGUCGGUGUACAGGAGACAAACGUUAACUUUCAGAGUGACAUUGAAGCAUCAUGCUGUGCAGCUGUAUGGUGUUUGAGAGGUUAAAUGAGCAUUAUUUUCUUUAUACAUCACACAUUCAUAGCUAAAUCGAAGUGAUCUAUGCAUUGUAAAUGCUAAGAAUUGACUUGAGAACCCAAACCAUGUUUGUUAAUGUAUUUUAUUUAAGUGUAACUACUGUACAAGUACUGCACACAAGCAAAAGGAAAACAUCCUGCAAAGGAAAAGGUUAAAAUUGGUGGUUUGUGAAAAUUAUGCAGAAGAUUUCCUAUUUCAAUUCACCAUGGGGCAGCACCAAACUCUUCAGUUCAAAGAAAGCACUUCUGAAAGUUUUGCUUUUUUAUUUGGAGGUGGAGGCGGUGGGGGUUCAUUUUCUUUAAAAAAGAAAAAAAUUGUAUUGGAGUAAAAAAUACUUGGUGCUUUAAAACACUAAGCAGCUGUAAAUACUGGGAAUCGGUAUAUUUAAACAUUGUAUUGUAGUGAUUCAAAAACCAGAUUGCAAAAUGUAGGCAUAAUUUGCUGAUUUAAAAAUAAAUAAAUCUCUAACUCCACUAUAAUAGUUUAAUUAUUUAGCCUAAAUUUUACAACUCAAAGCUUAAUGAAUAAUUCUUCAGUAAAUUGUUUGUCACACUACUAAAAAUAGGAGUUAUUUUAAUCCAUAAUUUCCUUAUAUUUUGUAUUGGUAUCUAAAAAAUGCUGCCCACAUAACUUAAAGGGACACUUCAGGCACCAAAGCAAGUUCAUCUAAAUUAAGUUGUUAUGGUGUUUGAAGGCCCCUGAAGACACCCUCACAUCAAGGGGUUAAACCAUUCUUGAACAGUCUAAACCCAAAGUUGCCUGGGGCAGCGAUGUCCACUCCCCCCAGACAAAGUCCAGUUCCAGAAUUUUCAUUUUCAGGCAGCGAGGAGUGCCGCUGGGGCAGGGGCUAUGCUGAUUGGUUGAGAGCAGUCAGCUGACGCUCUCAGCCAAUCAAUGACUCCCCAUUCACUAAACUGGCUUGGUAAAGGUAGAUUUCUUUUCAACCCAGUUUAGUGAAUGGGUAGUCAUUGAUUGGCUGAGAUUGUAGCUAACCAAUCUCAGCCAAUAAGAGACGCCCCUGUCUGGCGGUUGAAAAUUCAGAAGCUGGAUGCCGCCUAGGGGGUAAUGGACAUCGCCGCUGGAGGCAACUUUGGGGUUAAACCAUUUGAGAACUGUUUAACCCCUUGAGGUAAAAGUGCCUUUAAGGACUUCAUGACCAAAUAACAUCUUCAUUUAGAUUAAGUAAUGUUGGGGCCUAGAGUUUCCCUAUAAGUAUGCCCUGUAUUUUAUGUUAUUUUUUCAUUGUUGCAUCCUGCCAUUAACUCAAUGGGAAAAAUAUGUUCCAAAUACAUCUAAUAGCUAAAAAGCCGUUUCCUUAAUUUGUUAAAAUAUUUUUUUGUCAUAUCAAAGGCAUUUUAUGCACUCUGGACAUUGUGAUAGGGUCUGAACGAUAUAGAAAUUCCCACAUAUUUAUCUAAUAUGUAUCCGUUGCAAUGCAAGCACUUUAUGAAUCUAAUGGCUAAUUAAAGGAAUACAUUUGAACCUACUUUCAUGUUAUCCCACUGUGUUGUUUAGAGGCCUUGGAGGCCUUUUAUUAGAUAAGAUGUCCACAUUGCACAAAGUUAAAUAAAACAAAAAAAAGGUUUGGUUGAGCUAUAA